ACGUGGUGGGUAGGUAUGAUGUGGCCGGCCUGGCCCGCCGAUCCUGUCCAAUGGCUUCUUCUUCCCUUGCAUUUUCUAUCGAAACUGGGCGCCGUCGUGUUGCACUGUUGUACGGCCCGGGGCAACAAUCCGCAGCACUUCCUACAGGUCGCCUCUCAGGACCCAUUUAACAACCGAUCUGGUUCUACAUCUGCAAGAGGGACACCUGUAUCAGCAGCAGGUGUUCAUUUCCUACUACCGGAACACCCUAUCUCUGCAGUCCAAGGAGCUGAAGACACGAUGAUACUAGCUCAUCGUUCCCCCGACCGAAACGCCUCUCCAGCGGCACGGCCGCCUUACAAGGACAGCACCGAACAGGCUGACUUGAAGCCUAAUUCUGAACAGACGAGCCGAAGGGUCUGGCUACUACGACGGAAGUGUUAGCUAUAUAUACCUGAACUUCCGUGUCGGAAACCGCGUACAGGUUAGAGGGAUAACCAUGGAC